AUGCUCGCACUGUCGCAGUACGCCUCCAAACCAAAUGUUCCAGCCUCCCUUGUGCGCGACCUGGAAAAGCGCUUGGAGCUCGCAGAGGCCGAGAAUGCGAAGCUUCGCGUUUCGUACAACGCCCUCGCGUCUGGCGCAGCCAACCAGAGCGCUGCUGCUGACCCGGAACAUGCGUCCACUCCUGCCGAGCGGGCUGCAAGCUCCAACGCGGUGCCACCAUCUGUGGCCUCGCAGGCGGAAGCCUCUGCGACCUCGCCGCUGUCGGAGCAGGCCGCGCGCUCUGCGGGGCUGGGGCGAGUGAACGAAGAAGUUGGUAGCCCCGAAGAGGGCACCGAGAUCGUCGAGGUCAACCCGCACACCAGGGACAUCGAGUUCCAUGGCCACACGUCCUCCGUCGCCUUCCUGGACCGCGUGCGGCAAGAGUACGGCUACAGCGAGAACGACUCGCAGGGCGACCUGCAGACGACAUGUCAGAAGCCGUCGUUGGUCAGCACCUUUUACAACCACGCCUUUGGCACCCAGCGCACGGGCGACGCCAGCGGAUGGAAUGACGUGCUGGAAAAUCAGUUCUUCUUUCCACAGUCCUACGUCUUCCUGGAGACUUAUUUCAACAAUCUCCAUUAUAUCCAUCCCUUCCUGGACAAGGAGAACUUUUACUCCAGGUGCGAUGAUCUCUGGCAGGGCCGCUUUCAGAACCAGUCCCGCAGCUUCAUCGCCUUGUAUUUCAGCCUGGUCUCGCUUGGCGCCCUUAUCCGCACGUGGACGGAGGAGAGGCUUAACGGGAUGGGGAGGUUCGAGUGGAGCCGCAUGCUCUUUGAGAAGGCACAGCUCGCCUUGGGAUUUCCAGGAUCCGCAAAUGACCUCGAGGCCGCUCAAGCUUACAUCUUCAUGGCCAAGGUCUGCCAAAACGAGCUGAAUCCCAAUCUCGCAUACACCCUCCUCGGAAUGGCUUCACGCACGCUUUUGUCAAUUGGCGCAAACCGCAAUGCCUCGAUUGAUAGCGGCAAUUCGGCAAGACAGCCACAGGCGCUGGAAGCUUCGAGGACGUGGUGGGGGUUCUAUACCUUGGAGAUUGAACUCAGCUUCGCUCUUGGUCGGCCUGACAGCCUGGGCAUGGACGACUACCACAACCGCCCUCUUCCCCCGAUAGCUGGGACCGACGUCGACAUCAUUCCUGGAAUGAUUGGCCUGGCGCGCAUCAUGCGCGCCAUCUCAGUCAAGGUCUACCUUCACCGAUUGUCAUUGGCACAGAAGCUCCAAGGAGCGAUGAACAUCGAGAUGGAGAUGGAUGCGUGGGUGGCUCGACUGCCAGAGGCAAUAAGACCGCAGUUCACGAGCGAUGUCGGCAGGCACAGUCGGUUGGGAGAUCCGCCUUGGGCGUAUUACCAAAGGCUCGUGCUUCAGAUUAGAUAUUAUAACGUCAAGAUGCUUCUCUUGAGACCGUUCAUCGUGCAUGCAUCAAAGUAUGACGAGCGAGAACCGAGUCUGGAAGACGCCGUCAACAAAUGUACAGACGCGGCUGCGAGGACAAUAGAUCUCUGUUACGAGACGUACAGAGUCCACAUUUUCUUUCAUACCUGGUGGUACAACAUCACCUACCUCACCUUCGCCGCCUCCAUCAUCCUCUACCGUGCCGUCCAAAGCAUCCAGGAGCCCGACCGACAGCACGACUACAUCCGCCUGAUCGAGCAGACGCUCAGCAUGCUCGACCUCAUGCGCGAAUCCGUCGUUGCGUGCAAGACAGCCAAGGUCCUCCGCCAGAUGCUCGCCAUCCUGCGUCAACGCUCCGGUCGCUCCUCGUCCACGCUUGGGGACGACGGCGUGCAUUCUGCUGCCAGAUCAAAGCAGCCCGCGCCCCAGCAGGGGGUCCAAGCGGAGUCUGUCGUGAUCGACGAGGGUUUCGAGGUCCCCCAGAUGGGCUUGGAGUCGCUCGACGGGUGCUUGUGGGAUUGGAGCUUUGAUUUCAGGGACGUAUGGGAGAGCCACGGGGGCGGGCCUCAUGGACUGAGUUAA